CCAUUUGCGCAGAGUGGUUUGGUCCAGUGCAGCAGAAUUCCGGUCCCUUCGUCGUCGACGCGACAUAGGAACUGUUCUUCAUCUGGCAACAUGGCGAGUGUCUGCGCUGCGUCCCGUCUCCUCUCCAAGAGGGUACUGUCGAAGACAAAGGCACUCCCUGCUGCAGUUCAGGGCUCCAGGAGCUUUCACUUCUCCGUCUAUGGCAAGAAGAAGGACGCCAACGUAUCAGACGAUAUUUCUACCCAUUACCCAGUUGUGGAUCAUGAGUUCGAUGCUGUGGUGGUAGGAGCUGGAGGGGCAGGACUCAGGGCAGCCUUUGGCCUGUCAGAGGCUGGCUUCAACACUGCCUGCGUCACCAAGCUCUUCCCCACCAGGUCUCAUACUGUCGCUGCACAGGGCGGGAUCAAUGCAGCUCUGGGGAACAUGGAGAACGACGACUGGAGGUGGCAUUUCUACGACACAGUGAAGGGAUCUGACUGGCUGGGAGACCAGGAUGCCAUUCAUUACAUGACAGAGCAGGCUCCCGCAGCCGUGGUGGAGCUGGAGAACUUUGGCAUGCCGUUCAGCCGCACUGAGGAUGGGAAGAUCUACCAGAGGGCCUUCGGAGGUCAGAGUCUCAAGUUUGGAAAAGGAGGCCAGGCUCACCGCUGCUGCUGUGUAGCAGACAGGACCGGACACUCGCUAUUGCAUACACUUUAUGGACGAUCACUUCGUUAUGACACCAGUUACUUUGUGGAGUACUUUGCCCUGGACCUGCUGAUGGAAAAUGGAGAGUGUAAAGGAGUAAUUGCUCUCUGCAUGGAGGACGGAUCUAUUCACCGCUUCAGAGCCCAGAACACUGUCAUUGCUACUGGGGGUUAUGGAAGAACCUAUUUCAGCUGCACAUCUGCCCACACUAGUACAGGAGAUGGAAAUGCAAUGGUGACCAGAGCUGGCCUUCCCUGCCAGGAUCUGGAGUUUGUACAGUUCCAUCCAACUGGGAUCUACGGAGCCGGUUGCCUGAUCACAGAGGGUUGCCGCGGUGAGGGGGGGAUUCUGAUUAACAGCGAGGGGGAGCGCUUCAUGGAGCGUUACGCACCCAAUGCCAAAGACCUGGCCUCCAGAGACGUGGUGUCCCGCUCCAUGACCAUAGAGAUCAGAGAGGGCAGGGGUGUCGGACCGGAGAAGGACCACGUGUACCUGCAGCUUCACCACCUGCCUCCUCAGCAGCUGGCAUCAAGGCUGCCCGGUAUCUCAGAGACGGCCAUGAUUUUCGCUGGAGUCGACGUCACCAAAGAGCCCAUCCCUGUCCUACCCACUGUUCAUUAUAAUAUGGGUGGAAUACCGACAAACUACAAGGGACAGGUGAUCACUUAUACCAAUGGAGCGGACAAGGUGGUUCCUGGCCUGUACGCCUGUGGUGAGGCGGCAUGUGCCAGUGUGCACGGUGCCAACCGACUGGGUGCCAACUCCCUGUUGGAUCUGGUGGUGUUCGGCAGAGCCUGUGCCCUCACCAUCGCAGAGGAACACAAACCUGGUGAGGAACUGUCCCCUCUGAAGUCCAGUUCAGGAGAAGAGUCUGUGGCCAACCUUGACAAGUUGAGGUUUGCCAACGGAACCCUGAGAACCUCUGAGAUCAGGCUCAGCAUGCAGAAGACCAUGCAGGCUCAUGCUGCAGUGUUCCGUACUGGCUCUGUUCUGAAGGAAGGAUGCGACAAGAUGGAUGCCGUUUACUCGACCCUGGAUGAUAUCAAGACCUUCGACAGAGGCAUUGUGUGGAACACAGAUCUGGUGGAAACCCUGGAGCUGCAGAAUUUGAUGCUGAACGGCAUCCAGACCAUCCACUCCGCUGAGCAGAGAAAGGAGAGCAGGGGCGCUCAUGCCAGAGAGGACUUCAAGGACCGUGUUGAUGAGUACGACUACUCCAAGCCCCUGCAGGGUCAGGAGAAGAAGCCGUUCGAGCAGCACUGGAGGAAACACACUCUGUCCUACGUUGACCCCAAGACUGGCAAGGUGACCCUGGAGUAUCGUCCUGUUAUCGACCACUCUCUGGAUGAGCAGGAGUGCGCUCACGUUCCUCCUGCCAUCCGCUCUUACUAAGGGGAUCUUCUCUUACUCCCCCGGCCUCUUCCCUUACUGAAUUAGUGUAUUCAUCUAAAAACUAUUUAAGCAGAUACAUUUUCUGUAAAAGGGAUGACAUUGUUGGACAAAUUAUGCUUUUGGUUGCACAGUUGUAUCCAUUUAGAACAGUUGAAUACAGUACUGACUUGUCGAAUUCGUCCCUUCGUGUCACUUUCCUGUUCCUCUACUUUUUGUCUUGAUUUAUUCUGUAUGCAGCUGAUGAUGCCAACAUGCUCUUGUGGCUUUUCUCUCUGUGUGAGCUAGUUUAUAUAUAAUAAAAAAAACACAUUUCAGCCUCCAGCUGAAACAGAAUAGUCAACGUGAUACACUUGAGUUUGGCUUUUUGUGCUGACAUCAUAGUUUCAUUUUAAAUUAAAUGCAGAGCGAGACAGAGAUGUUGUAAGAUGAAGAAGCCAGUAAAAACAGUAAUUGAGAAACAUUUACAAUGUUUUCUCGAAUUCUAACUUCUCUCCUUUAGCUUUUUGAAGUGAAGAGAUGGUGGAAGUGAGAUGAAAUUGCCUCCGAGGAAAGAGUUAAGUAUGUGUAAAUAUUGCAUAAAUGUACAAUAAACAUGACAUGUUAUACUGUAUGUGCUUGUUAAAGUAUGAGCUAGUCUUUUCUCACUCACCAUGGCCUUCAGUUUUGGAUGCUUUUGUGGUCCAAGUUGUAAUAAAAAACGUAUAUCUCUUGUUCAGUACAUAA